AUCAUAUGAAAGGAUUAAAAGGACCUUUACUGAAGAGAAAAUUAAAGUUUAGGACAUCAUGGAGAUGGUGGAAGAUGUUGUCUGAGAUGGUCAGUAACUUAGACAACAUCCUUAGUGACACAACAGUCAGAGAGUCCAGCUCCACACCCACAACAUCACCGGCCUCAUGGAGGAGUUUGUUCAGUCUGUUGGCAUCAGCUACCUUCAGUCCGCUGCCUAUAAUAAUAAUACAGUUAAACUUUCGAUACAGAGAUGUUUACUUAACGUUACUAGAAGGAGUCUCCAGUGUCAGUGGUUUGUAAAACCUCACCACAGGAAGUCCUUGUGACAGACGAGUCUCUAGCUUAACUGUAAAGUUGUACUGCUCAUUUGUCACAAAGGAGCUCCUACUCAGCAACCCAAAAUAUGACUUCUGGGGAGACCGCAUUGUUGCUCUUGAAUUGGACAGUCCGACACACAUAUCACUGACUGAUGAAGUUACAGGAGAGGUGGAAGACGUUGUCGUGACGUUGCUGCCGGCUGGACAUUGCCCUGGAUCAGUCAUGUUUCUCUUUGAGGGGUCUCAGGGCACCGUGCUGUACACCGGAGAUUUCCGACUGGCUGCCGGAGACGUAGCGAGGAUGGAGCAUCUGCACUCUGGAAACAGAGUUAAAGACAUUCAGACUGUGUAUUUGGACAGCACGUUCUACGACCCCAGGUUCUAUCAGAUCCCGAGCAGAGAAGCGUGUCUGACUGGUGUCAGGAAGCUGGUUCAAGACUGGAUUUGUCGGAGUCCAUACCACGUGGUUUGGUUGAACUGCAAAGCAGCAUAUGGUUAUGAAUAUCUCUUCACCAACCUGGGGCAGGAAUUUAAUUCACAGGUUCAUGUGAACAGCUUGAAAAUGUUCAGACAAAUGCCAGAAAUCCUGGAGCACGUGACCACAAACAGAGCAACACAAAUCCACGCCUGCAGGCACCCCAAGGACGAUGAGCUGUUCAGGGCAAACAGACUGCCGUGUGGCUCUUUAGCAUCAGAUGGUACACCACUGCGCAUAAUCAGCAUCAAACCUUCCACUAUGUGGUUUGGAGAACGGACCAGGAAGACCAACGUCAUCGUCAAGAUGGGUGAGAGCUCCUACAGGGCUUGCUUCUCUUUUCAUUCUUCAUACUCUGAGAUCAAAGAUUUCCUCUCCUACAUCAGUCCUGUUCAUAUUUACCCCAACGUUGUUCCACUGGGUCGCACCGUUGAGGACGUCUCGGAGCUGCUGAACCUUAUGCGUAGAAAACACACCGGCGGGGACCAGAUUGUCUAUAAGCCUCUUGGGAAGCUGAAACGAGCCAGAAUAAAGUCCAUGUCACACGGCUCGGACACGGACGAUGAGCUUUUUGAGGAUGUUGCUGUAGCACCGAUGAGAAAGAAGCUUGCUGUGAAUCUGGAGAAAGAGAAACACAGUGUGGAAAAAUCAGAUCUUGAGCUCACAGAGACACAAAUUCUUCCACAACUCCAGACUUCGAUUCAGACAUCCAACUAUAUUGACUGCACAGAAUCCAAUGAUGAUGAUGAUGAUGAUGAUGAUGUGGAGAAAGAGGAGCUUCCUGCAGAUGCCACUCCCAUUCCUUCUUGCACAGUUAUGUCCCCGCCCACUCCCAAGCCAGCCCCACCCACAUGGAGUUCGUUCUUUACGGCAGAGCCGGUUGUGACCGAUGACAGCUGUGAGCUGGAGAACAGUCAGAGCAGCCAGGCUCUGUCUACUGAUCAGAUGACCUCACAGUCACCCGAGCUCUUCAGUGACAACGACGAAUCCGAAUCCGGUCAUGUGACUUCCUCUCAGUCGACCUACGUAUCAGAGGCAGCUUUAGAGAGCCUCAGUCAACUCGACACAGAGCCUGUACAGUGUAACACCGCACACACAGGAAAAGCUUCUCACUGGUCUGAUCUGACUGACUGUGAACAGAACCAGAACGACGACAUCACAUGUCACAAAGACCCAGUUUCAGAUUCCCAAGUGUCUUCUGAUUUUGAUCUCCCAAUGACUCCAGGCUCCAAGGUACCUCCGCCUGGAGAGCUGAAGGAGCUGUACAAGACAUUGGGUGCUGGAGAGGACGUGAACACCAAUCAUCAUCAGCAAAGAGCAGUUUAAUCGUGUGCUGAAAUCAUCUUGCCAAAAUUGACCAAAAACAACAGAAUUAAAAAUGGUUUAAAAAGCAAUCUAUUUAAAUAAACUGAACUAGAUCAACUGAAA